AUGGGUGGAGCGAAUGCACCCAUAACAAGUUUACAGGAAGCUAAAUAUGAAACCCAAAAUGGACCUCCCAAAGCAGACAACCAAAAACAAAAUAAUAAUAUUCUACCUCAAUACACGACCACAACAUCGGCACCAGUUCACACAACAGACGCUGCAGCUCUUCGUACUGUAACAAGAAAUAUAGAUAUUCAAAAUGCCCAGCAGAAUGAUUGGCUGGUCUUUGAAACGGUGAUGGGAGGCAGAGAUGAGGAAACUGAGUGCAAGAAACUGGGAUGUGAUACAUCGGUAUGGCUUCUAAUAUUAGAAAUGGAU